GUGAUUUUUUUAUGCAAGCGUCAUAAUGACUAGGACUUAAUCUCACUUCCGGUCAGUAUCGAAACGUCAAAAUGGCUGAGUAUGAGAGUGUUUUGUGUGUAAAACCGACAGUUCAUGUCUUCCGAAUACCACCAAGACCUUCUAAUAGAGGAUAUAGGGCCUCUGACUGGAAGCUGGACCAACCUGACUGGACUGGAAGGAUGCGUGUUGUUGCGAAAGGAAGGGACCUUUCUAUUAAACUAGAGGAUAAAACAUCCGGUGAGCUGUUUGCACGAUGUCCUAUUGAGCAGUAUCCCAGCAUCGCUGUUGAGUCAGUGAUGGACUCAAGUCGCUACUUUGUCCUAAGGAUUAUGGAUGACAAUGGUCGUUCUGCAUUCAUCGGGAUAGGCUUCGAGGAUCGAGGGGACUCGUUUGAUCUCAAUGUGGCGUUACAGGACCAUUUCAAGCACAUAAAGCAGGAAAAGGAUGCUGAAUCAGCCGAGAAGAACCUUGAGAAGGGGCCAAAGCUGGACCUAGGCUUCAAGGAGGGACAGACCAUAAGGAUUAACAUCUCAACAAAAAAGAAUACUGAAGAAAACGGCUCCUCAAAGAAAUCUCGACCAAGGGCAGCUGGUGGUGGUGGGGGGCUUGGAUUUCUCCCCCCACCUCCUGGGGCAUCUGGUGGGAUUAAAAUCCCUCCCCCAGGGGGACCCAUAGGUACGACCCCACCCUCUAGUAUACCCCAACCACAGUCCAAGCCAGAAUCACAACAGGCCAUCGAUUUGUUUGGAGACUUUCCCUCCAAAAUGACAAUUUCUUCUAACGCAAGUUCCGCAAAUAGUUCUGUUCCAGUGCAAACAAAAUCUCAUGCACCUGCGUCAAAUGUGGACUUAUUAUUAGAUCUAGGAAGUGAUAGUUUUUCAUCUAGUUCUAGCCAGAGUGUAACUAAAGCCUCAAAUCAAGGUCAGAGUUCGCUAUUUGACCCCAAAUUUGACCUGUUGUCGGGGACAGCUGAUAGCGUGAAACCAGCUGGUGGCUCCGCUGAUCCCUGGGGAGAUUUUACCAGUGCCAGCAGUAGCAGCAGUUCUGAUACAGGCUGGGUGAAUUUCGCAUGACCAUGGAAUACCUAAUAGAACUCAUCAUUUGCUUCUAAAAGAAUCCCCGGAGUGCAUGUUGUUGCAAAAUUUUGGAGCUUAAAAGGAAAACACCAUUAAAGCCCACUGUGUAUAUGUUUAUGAUGGACAACGGAGACUGAAACAAUAUAUUCAUGAGUCAUAAAUGUAAAUAUUAGGAGGAUUGUUCUGAACUUGGUAAAAGUCAAUAACAUUGAUAAUGCCAUUGUCAUAAACUUUCAAAUCUUUAUUGCUCCACAAGUUUCAUUGAGAAACACUUGUUAUCUUCAAUUCUUAACCAUUUGGGGCUGAAAUUGAAAAAAAAUGAACAAAUUUUGGACCAAUUUUAUGCCAUGUUCUGUUACUGAUAUUGGUCCGGCAAUGGUUAAAUCAGUCGAGACUGGCAAUUUGUCAGUUUUUAGAAUGCCUGGUUUCAGUAUUCUUGAUUUCUUUAAAUAUAAGAGCUUACCAUGGCAUUUUUCCAAAGAUGUUGUUUUUCAUUUUCCUAACUUUACUAGAGUUCUGAACAAUCGAACUACUGUUUCAUGUCCCUGUCAUUAUAAGGAGUUGAAAUAGUGGUGCAAUGAUUCAUUCCUCAUGUGGUGUAGUUGUAUGAUUUAAAAUGACUUGAAAUGUUAUUCUGUAAUAUUAUACAAUAAAUGGAAUAAAUAUGUGAAUUGUCUGGCACUGCUGAAUGCUAUAUUGGUUUAAAAUACAUGAACUUGAAUUUAUUUACAUUUGAUGUUGGACUACCAUUUUGUUAAAGGGACUUGACACCAGAUGGUACCAUUGCAAGAAAAAAAAAAUUGUCAAAAAAAUACUUAAAAUUGAUAUAUCGUUGUGCUCAACGCAAUGCUACUAAAUUACUGAUGUAUCACCCCGUUGCCCCUUUUUACACGCCCUGUCAUAUUUUUCUCGCCCCCUUGCGCCCUUCUGGCCAUUCAGAUCGUUGUUUAUCACAAAGUUACGCCUUAAAAGUAUUUCAUUGGUCAAUGUCGCCGUUUCCUAAUCUGUCACAGAUCAGUGCGUGCUAAGGCACACGACCGUCAUCACCGCGGGUCGGAUUAAAGGUAAUUCACGCUUAUAAUCAGAGUGCUAAUUGCUGUUCAUUAUGACACAUUAUUCCUUGUCUGAGACAUCGAAGUUGUGCCUCUAAAUGUCGAUCUUUGAUGCCGAUGUUGUUACAGUUUUAAUUAAUUUAGCCAUUAAUAAUCGGUAAUCUCCUUAUCACAUAAUUGGGUCGUCUAUCAUCCAAUUAUCGAAACGUCCCAUGUUAACCAAUCAGAGAAGACACUGGUCAAAUGAUUAAAAGUUUGUUAAAUUGCGAUAGAAAAAGCGAAUAAUUGAUGAAAAAUGUUGUCAAGCAUUAGUAAACAAUUGAUACUUGCAGUGUAAAAACAAAUACUAUAUGUAUCUGUACUAAACACAGGUCUUUCACAUGCUAUAUAUACACAUUUUAAACUGGGAAACCGUUGUCAGCUUUUUUUGAACGGUUAAUCUCAACUGAGACAGUAACAGGAUAUUCUUUUAAUCAUGGAUGUAUUAUUGGCCUCAUACAAGCUCGUAUUAAUUAUUCUAGGCUUGUUUUGAGGAAAUACUGUAUUUGCAAAUUUGGGGCCAUCUGGUGUCUAGUCCCUUUAAGGCUGAACAGGCUUGCAGUGUUAUUUAAAUGAUAUUGUCUCUGAAAAUGGCAUUGUGUAUUCUAGGAUAAAUGCUGAUUCAUUUGUCCUUUGAUGAAUGUAUUUAUUUAUAUUAAAUAUUUUCUACGGUUAAUUUCAAACCUCCAAAUGUGUAAAAAUGCUUACAAUUUAUUUUUGAUUUUUUGUAUGAUUUAAAUGUACAUUCUAAAAUAGAAAAUAUUGUGUAUGUUCUUUCGUGAUUCAUUUAUCAGUACAAACACACAAUAAUCUUCACUUUAUUGAUAUGUACAUUUGUUCAAUAUUUCAUUCCGUAGAUAGAUGUGCUGUAAUAUUCUAUGUUAAGGCAUUGUUGAUGUAAAUUCGUUAUGGAGGAAAUUUGCUCUAAAUAAAUGAAAUUAUAAGC